AUGAGAUUUUUGGGAAUUUCAAAGUACAACAAGAAACUUUUACAACUAAAGUUUCAAUCAAAGCCAGAUAUUUUACGGAAAUGUUCAACUAAGGAAAGUUAUCUUCAUAAUUUUGGUAGUGAACCUUUUCAAUACUUAAAUGUAGGUCAGGUUCUUAAAUCAACAGCUCUCAAAUAUCCUGAUAGAGAAUCAAUAAUAUCAUGCAAUGAAAGGACACGACUGACAUUUUCUGAGACUUUAUACAAAGUUGACAAGCUUGCGGCUGGUUUUAUGAACUUAGGUCUUCAAAAAGGCGACCGUGUUGGCAUUUGGUCACCAAAUUAUGAAUUUUGGUACAUCACAAUGCUUGCUAUUGCCAGAAGUGGACUAGUCUGUGUGGCCUUAAACCCAGCUUAUCAACUUCCUGAACUUGAAUACUGUUUGAAUAAAGUUGGAGUCAAAGCGAUUGUUGCUCCAGAAGUAUUUCGGAAACAAAAACAUUACGAAAUUUUAAUGAAUCUCGUGAAUAGAAACUCUACAAGUUCACUCAAACAUGUUAUCAUCGCUUCUGAUAAGAAAUUACUAAAUGCGAAACGUUAUCGAGAUGUUCUGGAUAUUGCAUCUGAAUCGGACAUUGCGGAAAUUGACAAAUUGCAGUCUUCAAUUUCACCAAAUACAUGUUACAAUAUUCAAUUUACUUCCGGAACAACAGGAAAACCAAAAGCCGCUCGCUUGAGUCAUUUCAGUUUGGUGAAUUGUGGCUAUGAUAUGGGAAAGCGUCAGGAGUUGAAUCUACGCUAUAGUCGUAUUUGUGUAAAUAAUCCAUUAUUUCAUGGCUAUGGAAUCAUCAUUACGAUUAUGAAUUGCUUGAAUCAUGGUGCUACAAUGAUUCUACCUUCACCUCAUUUUAAUCCUGAAGAAUCUCUCCAGGCUAUUGUAAACGAGAAUUGCAACAUCAUAUAUGGAACGCCAACAAUGUUUGUCGACUUAAUAUCUAAGCAGAGAGAACUCAACGUUAAUCUUCCUAGCAUAAAUAUUGCCAACACGGCUGGUGCCAUUUGCACGCCGAAUUUAGUGAAAGAUAUUCAAAAACAUUUGAAUGUAACGAAGGUUCGUUCUAUCUACGGCCUCACUGAAACAACAGCGGCAGUAUUUCAAUCAUUACCAAAUGAUGAAAACGAGACUUUGGAGAACUCUGUUGGAUAUAUUUCAGAUCAUACUGAAGUUAAAGUGGUCGAUGGCAGUGGAAACCCCGUGCCGUUUGGGCAACCAGGCGAGCUAUGCAUCAGAGGAUAUAUGACCCUUCUUGAUUAUUACGAUGAUGUUGAGAAGACAAAAGAAGUUUUGGGUGUUGACCAAUGGUUUAAAACAGGCGAUCAAUUUGUGCUUUAUGAAAAUGGAUAUGCAAACAUCGUUGGCAGACUGAAAGAAAUGAUAAUUCGUGGUGGCGAAAAUAUUUAUCCUCGUGAAAUUGAAGAUUUUCUCAACACUCAUCCUGAUAUUAAAGAAACUCAUGUUGUUGGAAUUCCUGAUGAGAGAAUGGGAGAAGAAGUGGGAGCUUUCAUAAGGCUGAAGGAAAGAUCAAAAUCAGUUACAUUGAAUGAUGUCAGAAAAUUUUGUGAGGGUCGUUUGUCACACUUCAAAAUACCUCGGUUUGUUGUAAUUGUUGAAGAAUUUCCUCGAACACUAUCUGGAAAAAUUCAAAAGUAUAAAUUUGUUGAUGUGUUUAAGAAUGAACUUGAGGAUGCUAUUAAAUCUAAUUAAUUGGAUGAAUUCAAUACAAUAUGAAGUAAAACAGCCAGAU